AUGCGCGCUUUUAUCAUUACGCUUACUCUUGCCCACCUUUAUACCCAAAUAUUGGCCAAUCCAUUGGCUCAAUCUCUCAAAACUAGGCAAGCUCCAGGUAUAAAGCAAACAGUUGGGACAUGGCUUUAUAAAGGCUGUUAUAAGGACUUCGGGCCACGAAUUCUUGCAUUCCGAUUUGAUGUUCCAGGUGGAAACAGUGCCGAACGUUGUACAGCCAUCUGCAAUGGCCAUGGAUACGGUCUCGCUGGUCUUGAGUAUGGAAGCGAAUGCUGGUGCGACAACUACAUGCCGUACGGGCAGCUGAUGAGCGACAGUGAUUGCAGCUUUACUUGUCCAGGAGACAACACCGAGCUUUGUGGCGCCGGAAACAGAAUGCUGGUGUAUCAAGAUUCAACUGCCACUCCUCCCAGCCCCAAUACGUGCAUCACAUGGCGCGACGCGUCGAGCUUCAUCAAUAAUGUCCUACAGGCUGUCCCAAAGAGUGGUUCCGGGCCUAUCACGAAGCUAUACGCCAUACCAACAAAUCCCUUCACGGAUCCCCUUUAUUACACAAUAAUUUCGACCUGCCCCGCUGGGUGUCCAUACACGGACUACUACAACUUUGGCUUGUAUGGAAGCGUACUCCGAAGCUACAACUCGUUACCAUACGCCCCAAAUGUCGGCGAUUCUCAGGCUUUCACGUCCCAGUCAUCUGCCGUUGGAUACGCCGGGUUUUGCCCAAAGCCAAACCCUCUUUCCUCCAAUCCGUUCAUCGGAUAUCCACUGCUUUCAGUGUCUGGGCAUACAGAUCUGUGGAGCCUUUGCACCAACACAACAGCGGGAGGAAGACAAGACAUAGUCUACUCUCCAGUUGUCAACCAUCCUCAUUAUGUCAAGUCUGCUUGUCAGGAUGUAUGGAUUCAGAUUGUUCCGUAUUCUUAG